GUCUAAUUGGCUGCAUUUCGUAAAUGUCCUAUUUUAACGUUUACACUGCAUUAACAACAACAUUACCUGUCACCAGACUUCCUAAUUUUUAUUUUAUUUCUUGUUACUCAUAAUUCUUUUCUUCAAAAUAUGUCUGGCAUUUCUAAUGUUGAAAACCUGUCACCUCAGAUCAUCAGACAGGUAUCAAAGGAGCUGGGAGAUUUGACGUCUCGGCCUCCAGAAGGUAUCAAAGUGUUUAUGAAUGAUGAGGACAUCACAGACAUCCAGGCAGUUAUAGAUGGACCAGCUGGAACACCCUAUGCUGGAGGAUACUUCCGUAUGAAACUGGUGUUAGGAAAGAAGUUUCCAUCAGAACCACCCAAAGCCUACUUUCUCACAAAAAUCUUUCAUCCUAAUGUGGCACCCAAUGGUGAAAUCUGUGUGAACACACUCAAGAAGGACUGGAAGGCUGAAUUGGGACUUAAACACAUUUUGUUGACGAUAAAAUGCCUGUUGAUUGUACCAAAUCCUGAGUCUGCCCUCAACGAAGAAGCCGGGAAGUUGCUUUUGGGACAGUACACUGAUUACUCACUUCGAGCAAAAAUGUUUACAGAAAUACAUGCAAAACCACCAAAAGUUGCAGCUGGGGAUUUAGUCACAGUAACAGAUGACAAGUUCAAUGAAGGCCCCAUGGCCAAGAAACAUGCUGGUGAUAAAAAAUUACUAGCCAAGAAGAAAAAAGAUAAAAAGAAAGUGCUGAAGAGAUUGUGAACUGAGAUUUUUGAAAAAAAAAAAAAAAACCCCGAAUCAAAGUGCAUUGUCAACCGACCACUCAUUAACCAUAAGAAUGACAGUUUUGUGUCUUAGUGGUUGUGAUUUUGACAGCAUUUACAGUUUCAUUAGAUGUUUACAUGCAAAUGCCACAAUGCUGCUAAGCAGAACAUAUUGCUACCAGUGUUUUACAUACAUGGCUUUAAACUGUAUGGCUAAAUUGGAAUUUUAAAAACCCCCAAACAAAAUUAAUACAGAGCUGAUUAUUGAAUAGGCUGUUCGAUGAAUAUAUUAUAGAUUAUGUUUGGCAAAUUAAUUUCAGUUUGUGUCAAGUGAUAGAGCAAAUGACAGAUUUAAACCUGACUGACAACGGUGUAAAAACUAAAUUAUGACACUGAACUUUUUUAUGUUAAACCUGUCAUUUGGGCAGCAAAAAAAAAUUAGUUUUAAAAUCGACAUUUUAAUAUGAUGUUUUUAAACUAGUUAUUUUCAGUUAUAAUAAAUAUAUAUGAUUAUGUAUCACAAUUAUGUGCAGGUAGAUUGCCCUUUAGAUUUUCAUAUUUCAUUUGUAUUCAGUUGAUACUCUUAUUGUUAGAAUUAUGUAAAAAAAGAUACAUGUUGGUAACCAAUAAUUAUUAUUGCAUGAUUUGUAUGAUUAAAAAACAAACAAAAAACCAUCAUCAGGAAAGUCUGAUAUUAUGUGUACUAAGAAUGUGUAAUAUUUAAUAUGGAAAAUAUUUGUUAACUAAGCUGAAUUGAGUUAUCUCAGUAAUGAACAGUAUCAGCUCAUUUAAAUCAACAAUUUAACUAUAAAAUGAAGUCUAAUAUACCAUUAAACUGAAUGUGUAAGGGGGCAUCAUAGCUGAUUACUUCUACCAUGUAUGUUACAUGCUGAAGGUAUGGACGUUUUAACAGUUCCCAAGCUUGCUGGGCUGCUAUUUAUUUACAUACUGUAGCAUGAAGUGUAGGAUUUGCAUGUAAAUAUCUUGUACUGAGUAAAUGCCAGAGAGGUCACAGCUAGUGUCUUCACAGUAUUCUAGGAUGGCAGCAGGGCCACAAGAUUUUCUUCUUCUUUCUUCUCAUCCCAUCUUCUGACAGAUAUAAAAAAAAAACCUCUUGUUCAUCAACAGUUUUAUCCACUUUUCUAGAAUAAUGAAAUCUGUGUCGUCCAAUAUGUGUUCGUAGUUGUGAAAUUGUUUCUCUGUACAUAUGUACAUGGUUAAAUUGUAUAUAUACCACUAUUUUUUGUGUAUAUACUAUUUUAUUUAUGACAAAAGUCUUAAGGCCCUUUCAUAUGCAUGUGUGUAAAUGUGUUUGUGUCAUGUCUCAUAGAUCAUGAAAACAAUAAAAUUAUGAUAUAUAUUACAAAAAAAAAAAAAAAAAAAAAAGAAUACAAA